CUCAAUUUAGUGUCGAAUUUGAACCCUUCGCCCUAAUAUUUCGGAUAUCACUUCCAAAAUUUAGCAUUUGGGGCUCAUCUGACUCGUGAACCUUCUCGUGUCUUGUGACCCUUAUCUCUUCACCCAUUUAACUGCGGAAAUGCUCAAGCUUAUCUUAUACUUCAGCCUCCUCCCAUCCCAUGGCACCUGCACCAGCCAACAGAGAUGAUCUCAAGACCAGAAUCCUGCCCCAGAUGACCCUUUCUGAAGGAUCAAACCCAUUAACAAGCCCUUUCCCCCCACUUCCUAAGGAUCUUCUCCCUGCAGAGAAGGCGAUCAGACGAUUCGCAGUUGAAGGUAAUGCAAUCGUGACCGGUGGUGCAGGUGUCCUCGGUUUAGAAGCCGCCCGUGCUCUCCUGGAGCACGGGGCAAAGGGUGUAUCGCUUUUUGAUGUCAACCCGGCUCAGUCUCAGGACGCCAUCGAUGCAGUCAGAUCAGAGUUUCCAUCCGCCAAAAUCAUUGCAAAGAAGGUCGAUGUUAGAGAUGAACAGUCUGUGCAGAACGCUGUCGACGAAAGUGCGGAAGAGCUCGGAAGCGUAGAUGUCCUUCUAUGUUUUGCAGGCGUCGUAUCGUGUAAUCAUGCCCUUGACGUAGCCUUGGAUGAAUGGCGGCGUACACUGGAUAUUAAUACCACUGGCAGUUGGAUCUGCGCGCAAGCCGUUGCAAGGUGCAUGAUUCGACAAGGCCAUGGUGGCAGUAUUGUGUUUACCGCAUCAAUCUCUGCGCACAGCGUGAACUUCCCACAACCUCAAGUCUCAUACAAUGUGUCAAAGGGCGCACUGCUGCAGCUGAAGAAUUCUUUAGCCGCUGAGUGGGCGCGUUAUGGAAUCCGGGUAAAUAGUAUCAGCCCGGGAUAUAUGGAUACGAUCUUGAACGAAGGCGAGGGUUUGGAAGAAGCGAGAAGGAUGUGGGCAUCACGAAACCCUGUGGGAAGGAUGGGACAGCCCAGUGAAUUGACCGGAGCUGUCGUUUUACUGUGCAGUCGUGCUGGAAGGUAUAUUAACGGUGCAGACAUACUUGUGGAUGGUGGAGGAAGCGUCUUUUAGCAAAGACUUGUUAGAAAUGAUUUAGAAGCUCCUGCGUAAACAAAGGUAGAAAACGUGGUGGGUAUUGUUCUUGUGCGUAAAUACACCUCACAGGGUUGAAGCUCGAAGGGUGUGAAAUUGAGCGCAUGCUCGGUUGUAAAGCUUCGGUAAAUUCUUCUACCUUCAGCAUCCUUUGUCAUGCUACACCGGCGGUCGAGAAUACGUGUAAUAGGCGAAAUGGACGUCACGAAACACUAUGGGAUGACAGCCUAUUGAAUGACCGGAGCCAAGACUGGAGCUGUCGUUUUACCAAUCGUGCUGAAAGGUACAUUGGGUGCGGACAUACUUGUUGAUGGGUCGGGGCGCUAUCUUGAGAGAAGGAUUUAGGAGUAAUGUAAUGUGUAACUGGCUCCUUCGUGGACAGUUAUGUGGUGAAAGUAUUAUCCUUAUGCAUCAUACACCUCAUAGGGUGGAAGCUUGGAAGCUUGAAGUUGAAGCCCAUGCUGUGUUGGUUGUGACGCCUCGGUAAUCUCUUGUAUCUUCAGCGUCCUAUGUCAAGUAACAAUUGAGA